AAUUGUAGAAGAACUAGAGAAUCAACAACAUUUUAUAUCAAAUCAAGCUGAGAAUUUGCUGAGCCAAACAGUUUCUCGCUUGGAAGAAGAAAUAAAUUCAAGCGACCGACGACCAAACAAGAGGGUUCUUGAAGACAGCGAAGAUGACAUGGAAUUUGAAAUUAACAACAAAAGAGCUAGACUUCAACAUCUGAAAACAAAUAAAGUUGCUGUCAAGGAGAGAAUGGCGAGAAGACUUUUUCAUAAGUGGAAAAGGUCUUUAAGAUCCCAGAGGGGAAAAGGGCAAGGACGUUAUAGAAUUGAUCGUGGAGCAGAAAGUGCGAUCAACGAUAUUCUUUAUGAGCAAUCGAAAGCCCAUAAUCGAAG